CAAUUUGGGUUUCUAGUCUAAUGAAGACAACUCUCUUCUCUCUAGAUCUAUAAAUCACUAAUCUGUGGAUGAUCUGAUCGCUUCUUAUUUCUUCUAUCUGCGAUCGGAAGAUAUAGACGAAUUCAUAGAUAGUAUUUUUCUUUUCUUUUCUUGAUAAGUUAGGAGUGAAUUCUUUGUUGAACUUGAUUUGGCGGCACAAUCGCAAAAAUGGCGGCAUCAAGACGAUUGAGGGAUCUUCAAGCAAAAUCUGGUAACAAGGUUUGUGUCGAUUGUUCUCAAAAGAACCCACAAUGGGCAUCUGUUUCAUAUGGAAUCUUCAUGUGUCUUGAAUGUUCUGGAAAGCAUAGGGGUCUCGGUGUUCACAUCAGUUUCGUUCGAUCUGUUACAAUGGAUUCCUGGUCUGAGAUCCAGUUGAAGAAGAUGGAGGCCGGUGGAAACGAUAGGUUAAUUGAAUUCUUUUCACCGUAUGGUGUUCCUAAGGAGACGGAUAUUGUAAAGAAAUACAACACAAGUGCCGCCGCAGUUUAUCGCGAUCGCAUUCAAGCGAUCGCUGAGGGUCGGCCAUGGCGGGAUCCUCCUGUAGUGAAGGAGAAUCUAGGGUUAAAUCAGAAGAAACCGCCGCUUGGUGGUGGUGCUAAGAGUGGGAAUUCAGGUGGAAAUGACGGCGGUUGGGAUAGUUGGGAUAAUUUUGAUGAUGGUGGGUCUAAAUCUUCUUCGGUUGAUGUAAGGAGGAAUCAAUCAGUAAGUGAUUUCAGGAGUGGUGGAAAUGGAGGUGGUAUGCCACCGCGAUCGAAAUCAACUGAUAAUGUUUAUUCGAGAGACCAAUUGCAGGCGUCGGCUGCGGAUAAGGAUAACUUCUUCGCCCGUAAAUUGGCUGAGAAUGAAUCACGGCCGGAAGGAUUAGCUCCAUCCCAAGGUGGGAAGUAUGUUGGAUUUGGAUCAACCCCUGCUCCUGUUCCUCGAAAGAAUGCGCAACAGGAUGAUGUUCUUUCUGUUGUAACUCAGGGAUUUGGUAGGCUAUCUAUGGUUGCAGCUUCUGCAGCUCAAUCUGCUGCAAAUGCUGUUCAAGUAGGCACUAUGGAGUUCUCUUCCAAGAUGAAAGAGGGAGGAUACGAUACUAGUGUGGUUACUGCAAAAACAACAGAGAUUGGACAGAAAACGUGGGGAAUCAUGAAAGGAGUCAUGUCAUUGGCAACCCAGAAGAUGGACGAGUUCACCAAAGAAACUCCCACUGCAGCAGCUAACGGUUAUAAUAAUCAGUCAUUCUCUCACGAUUCUACUAAUAAUAAAGGAUGGAAUUCUAAUUCCGGAGGAUAUCAGAAGUCUUCAGCUGCUGCUGCUACUACUACAAACUCCUCGAGCUCUUGGGAUGAUUGGGAUAACGAUGGGUAUCGGAAAGAAGAACCCAAAAAGAAUAAUGUUGAUGAUGAUGGAUGGGGAGGCUGGGAUGAUCAAAAGGAUGAUGACUAUAGUUACAACAAUACUACAUCUUCCAAGAAUGGCAUUACAGAUCACAAUGGCAAAUCCAAUGUGAAAUGGACUGAAGGCGGAUUUCUUUGAGGUUAGAUGCAAUACUAUCUGAUCCAAACUUUUUUCAUUUUUUUAAAUGGUGUGGUAAAUUGACAUUAUUCUUGAGAAUAGUAUUGAUCGUGUGUGUACUAUGUUUAUUGAAACGAGGAUUAUUUUUCUUUAGUUGGGAAUUGAUAUGCAUAUGUAUUAUUAAUAGCUA